AUGUAUAUGGUUCCGUUUACAAAAUUCAAAAAUACAGCCCUGGCACACGACAGCCGGUCGCCCCCGCUCCGUAGCCGUAAAGAUACAGCUGUCGACCGUGCACCACCAACCACCGACACGUCCCCCAGAGUGCCUGUGAUGGAACAACCGUGCGCGAGCUACCGACGGGCAGUCAUCGGGUCAGCUCUUCCUGCACGUGAUGGAUUGGACGUGUGUACCAACGUGAUGCAAGCUUGUGCAAUCGAGUGUCAGUUGAUCGUCUGGAGUAGUAAAGUGUACGGCAUCCCAGGCAAUGAGGUUUCACAAGUGACAGAAGGUGAAGCAAGUGUUCUGGAAAGUACCAUGGUAGAUUACGAUUCUUUCAAGAAGGCAGCGAUCCGAGGUCAGGAUGAGAUUGUGCCAUGCCCGUAUAACCCCUCUCAUCAAAUUAACAAGAGCAGAUUGCAAUAUCACAUUGUGAAGUGUGAAAAACAACAUGCACAAAGGGAACUUGUUACGUGUCCCUAUAACGCUACGCAUCGCCUUCCGAAGCCUGAAUUAGCAAUGCAUAUUUUUGAAUGUCCAGACAAACGAAUCCUAGAAACGCACAAAUUUCAGACAGGGGAUGAGAGCUCGAAAAAAAAUCUCCAAGAAUUUAUCCGUCCGUCCUUGCCACCAAGUGAGGAAAAUUGGGAUACCGAUGAUUAUCAAUCUUCUUAUGACCCAAAUGAACACAUAAAUAACAAGUGUGUGAUAAGAAACAUUCAAGGUGCCACUAAAUCUGAACGGAAACAGUUUCGACGUGAAGAACGAAGGAGAGUCAAUCAACUUGCUAAUACCUCCGAACCUGAAGUUUCAAAGGUUGGUUAUGUUCCUCCUCGACCACCAAAAUCUCUGCCAAAGGGUGUAAGCAAUUCGGAAUUGGGUACAAGACUUGGUAUGGGCCGUGGUUUACGACCUUUAGAUUAAGUUCUCAGUGCUUACGAAACAGCCUAACAGAAAAGAAAAAUGAAAAAAUCAUUGUGCGUUUUAAAAUUUAAAAUUUCAUAUAUUUCACUUUUGACAAAGGCUGGAAUUAAAUUGAUUUUUAUUGAAAGUUGUACUCGUUGCAAAUGAUAAUUAGAUCAGUGUACUCGAUUUUAAUAAACAUAGGUAAUUAAUCAUGGUUAUAGUGAUUUUUUUUUAUUAUUAUUGAGACAUUUAAUAACUUUUUUUAAAAUGUUUAGUCUAAUGAUCUUCCAGAUCAUGUUUUAUUGUGUAUAUGAAGUUUGAAAAAUAUACAUUAUGUAGUUUUCGAGAAUUAAUUUUAAAAUUAUUAUUUUAAUGUUGCGGAACUAAAAUAGAGAUUUAUUGUAUUUUAGUUCUCAUAUGUAUAUAUUAUGAAUGGCUUAAGGUAUUUGUCUGUUCAAAUAACAAUAAUAAUAAUAAUAUCUAAUUAUUGCAUCUCAUUCGGACUUUACAAAUUAAUUUUAGUUUUUUUAUAUUUCAUUACAAAAAAAAUGCAGGCAAUUCCUAAUUAUUUCAUAUCACAUAGAAUAGUAAUUUUCUUUUUUAACACAAUAUUAUUUUAUUAGACACACCUGAAAAAUUAGCAAUUUAUAUAUUUCUUGGUUAUGGUCUCAUUUUACUAUGAACUCUCUUCUUGGGUAUUAUUCAAUAACAUUUGUAAUUUUCGCAUGCAGUUUCAUGCAUAUUUAGUUUGUUUCCAGCGGCUCACAUCUCGCAGAUGUGUACAGUACUUGUGCAGAAAUUGGAAAUAUCUCAAUAACUUGAGAAUGCUAGAUAAAAUGGUUUGAAGACCAUUAAAUACAAAAGGAAGAGAUUUCAAAUAAACAAAAUAAGAAAAUAGAAUCUUUUCUCAUUAUUGUCAUGAAGUUUUUGAGUAGGUAUGUAUUUUUAAGUGCUGAUUUUUGUCUCUUUCGUCCAUUCAUUUCGACGAAUUACAAUGUCAACAAUUUAAAAUAUUUGUAGUAAGCACAAUCCUGUGUUUUGCUGACAAGCAGUCAUUGAAGAGGGAAGGGGGAAGAAAUGAAGGGCCAUCAAUCAUGUUUUUGAGAAAAGAAGUUGUAAUUAGUAACAUACUUUGUAUCAUUUUUCAGUUAAAUAUGAAAUGUUAUACAUCAUAUUUAGAAUUUUACACUUUAUUUCGAGGUAAUCAUCUACAAGUGUUACAUUGUGUGUGUGAUAUAAUAAACAAGUCGUACUUUGAUGUGUUCUGCUGUCUACUUAGGCAGUUACAUGACAAGAUUGAAUAGAGAGAAAAAUAGUUUAAUUUAGACAUAACCGAAGUAUACAUUUUUUUAUUAAAUUACAUUUUAUCAUGUAAUUGUGUAAACAAAAGCAUUUGUUUCAAGUGAAUUUUUGAAGGUCUUUUUAAACUGAACAAGGAUGCCAUUGACAUUUGAAUUUAAAUAUUAUGACAUUCUGACAAUGAAACUAUUCUAAACAAGUCUGUUGCAUUAAACACCUCAAAGUCGGUGCUUAGUGGUGCCUCUUCCACCACAUUCUAAUGAUGUUUAAACAAUUAACUUUUUGCUUGAACCAUCAGGACAGAUAUGAACUCUUAUUGAACAUACAUUAAGCAUAUUUUUCGCGCAACUUUUCUUGAACGAUGGAUUGAAGAAAUGCGGGUAGAGUGGGGGUAUUAUAUACGAAAUCGGCCACUAGAUUUUAUGAAGUAAUGCCAAUCUCCGGAGAAUCAGUCACACAUUCGUAACGUUCUCAAUAAUUUGCGUUCUAACUGUAUCAGGAGUUCGAUGUAUCUUCUGUGAUCCAUACUGGCUUGGGACAUUUCUGUAGAUUUUUGGAGAAAAUAAUCGAUAGAAGUUCUCGCCUUCAAAAGAAAAUAGUUUCUAUUCACGCCAAUGAAGAUGUUUGGAAUGUUGUCAUCGGUGCUUGCUGUGAGUGUUUGCCUUAAUUUUUUUAUUGAACUAGAGAGGAGGAAGCAAGGUCAUCGUUCAAGAAAAGUUGUGCGAGUAAUACUACAUUAUCGACAAGGAAUUACAUAAAACUCCAAUGUGUCAUUCAGUUUUUGAGGCUGAGUUUUAAGACUAAAGAUGUAUGUCUAAUAUGAUGAGUGCAGAUCAUGCAGCUUUACAAAGCUGCAUGGUUUUACCAAUAAACAAAAUGAUUUUAUAAUGGUGAGAGAAUCUCAUUGAUACAGUAUCUUGGGUUUUUUUAAAUCAUUGAUGACAUAAGGGCACUUUCCAAGGGUGUACGCUAACAUGUCAUCUACUUUUGAAUAAUUGUACUGCAUUGCUGCACAACAUUCUGCCCAGUAAACCUUGUCAACAUGUUAACUGAUGACAAGUCCUUCUAGCAAUUGAGAUUGUUAUUCAUUUGCCUUGCACAAGUUUUGCCUUGCUCUUCAGUUCUUUAACAAUUUGAAUCUAAACAUAUUUUGUGUGAAUUUCAUGUAUGUGCAAAUGCAAAAUGAUAUGGAGAUAUUUUGUUUUAAAUGUUGUAAAUAAGAAAAAUGAAAGAAAAAGAAAAAAGGAACAAAAUAAUUAAGAAGACAACCAUACUAGUGUUUGGAAUUUAAGUAUGCAUAGAUUUUUUUUAACAAAUAACAAACAAAAUGUCCAUUAAUAUUGCAUUGCAGUAAUUGCAUUCCUUGUGUUAGUAUGUGGAAGGGAGUGUUAGAAUCAGUUUUGCCAGGUUUUAGCCAUAAAUUGGCGACUUUUUAAUUUUCAUUCGUUGCAAUUAAAGUUGGACUUUUAAUCUCUCGUGCUCUUUCUUGCAAGGAGAAAAUUUUGUAUCGUGUUCACUUUCGAGGGCAACAGUGAGUCAAAAUUUACUUUAUGAGAAAUAAACCAGCUUCUUAAGGGCCAUCAAAAAGUAUUGUAAUGCAAUUUUGAAGUAGUCAUCCUGGAUGGCUGAGAGUAUGUGCUGACUAAGCUCUUCGAUCCAAAGGACCAUGGGUUGGGCACGGUUGUUUGUCCCUAGCCUCUCGUGUGUGUGUGUUGUGAAGUUCUGCUGACCCCAGAUCAGAGGAGCGUGCAAGUGUGUUGGUGUCUAGUAUGUGGUUGUGUUCCAUCAGGACGUAAGGGGCUGGAAUAAAACCCUGGGGAAAAAGAACUGAAAUAAAGUGAAUUUUGAAUACCCUCCCCCAUAAAUAAUUAUGUAGCGCUUGAGACCCCCCCCCCUAUAAUUUUUAAUGAGUAAAAAAAAAUAACUGUAAAAACAAUUUGUAUUAAUUUCAUGCGUUCAAUUUUGUGUUUGAUAUUAAAGUUUAUGAUAAAUUAUAUCAGAAUCCAUUGAUGAUGGUUAUUGCAACCAAUAAUAGGAAGGGACAAGUGAGAAGAUUUCUGACAAGCCAUGUACAUGUCAACAAGGGGGACAUGUGGGCAAGACUACUGUGCAGAUUUAAUUGGAGUCUAGAAUGCACUAUAGAUUAGUUUAGAAUGUUUUCUUUGUAAUCACAGAUAUUCAAUCAAUAUACUAUUGGUGAAGAGAU